GAUACCCACGACGGACUUUAUUUACGGUCCUUUACUUAUUGAUGAGGUCGCGUCAAUAAGUCUGUUUCUCCGUGUAUCCGAUUGCUCGUGGCGCAGACACGGAUAUGACCCGCUCCGUUAUCUAGUGACAUUCGGAUUUUCCUCGCGCUGGAGACAGACACACUGUCCACUUUGGGGGGAAGACCUAGUGCCAUGGACAAGGCCCUGCUGCCCGGCCCCAAUGACAUCGUGAUGACCACCCAGCCCAGCUCCUUCCAGCAAGAGCCGUUGACCCCGCCCCGGCCUGGGCAUCCAUCCUCCCUAAAGCCCAACCAGGUGGGGCAGGUGAUCCUUUACGGUGUGCCCAUCGUCUCCCUGGUCAUCGACAACCAGGAGCGCCUCUGUCUGGCCCAGAUCUCCAACACGCUGCUCAAGAACUACAGCUAUAAUGAGAUCCACAACCGACGUGUGGCACUGGGCAUUACCUGUGUCCAGUGCACGCCGGUACAGCUAGAAAUCUUGCGGCGGGCCGGCGCCAUGCCCAUCUCCUCACGCCGCUGCGGCAUGAUCACCAAACGCGAGGCUGAGCGUCUCUGCAAGUCCUUCCUGGGUGAGAACUCGCCACCCAAGCUGCCCGACAACUUUGCCUUCGAUGUGUCUCACGAGUGCGCCUGGGGCUGCCGUGGCAGCUUCGUGCCAGCACGCUACAACAGCUCACGCGCCAAGUGCAUCAAGUGUUCCUAUUGCAACAUGUACUUCUCGCCCAACAAGUUUAUCUUCCACUCGCACCGCACGCCUGAGGCCAAGUACACUCAGCCAGACGCUGCCAACUUUAACUCUUGGCGCCGGCACCUCAAGCUCACUGACAAGUCGCCACCAGAGGAUCUGGCCUUCGCCUGGGAGGAUGUGAAGGCUAUGUUUAAUGGAGGCAGCCGCAAGCGGGCCCUACCCUCUAGCCAGUGCCCACCCAUGGGCCCCAUGAAGGCCGUCGGCUCCGUCCUCCCGCACAUGAUUCCGCCGGACCUGAACCAGAAGCGGACGCGCUUCGAGGAAGACGAGGAGGCAGAGCCUGGUGCGUUGUCACCACGCAAGCCUCCACGCAGCUACCCUGUCAUCCCAGUGCCCAGCAAGGGCUUUGGCAUGCUGCAGAAGUUCCCCACCACGCCGCUCUUCCCCGGUCCAUACCCCUUCCCUGCCUUUAGCCUGUGCCAGCAGAAGAAGGACGACGGCGAGGCAGCCACUGGCCAGAAGAACGGUGGGCUGUCUGGCCUCCUGUGGCCUGGACGCAAAGAUGCUUUCUACCCCCCGUUUUGUAUGUUCUGGCCCCCUCGGACAGCCGGUGGCAUCCCCGUGCCCACAUACCUUCAGCCACAGCCCGGUGCCCUCACCUCGUUAUCCGAGAGUCCCUCGCUGCGCCAGGCCUUCCUGGACCUCUCCGAGCAGGGCGAGGCUGCCAGUGGUAUUGGGACCAAUGCCCGCACGGGGCUGUUCGAGAGCGAUUGCCCGCCGACGGCCCCUGAUCUGCGGCCCACCUCCGAGGGCUGGCUCAAGCUCCUGGAUGCCCCCUCCCUCCAGGCCCGCAAGGCCAGCUACCACUCAGCCUUCCGGCCCGUCGUGAAAGAUGCCGAGAGCAUUGCCAAGCUGCACGACGGCCUGGAAGACUUCGGCUCCGACCGACACCCGUCGCCCGGCACCAGCUGCAGCUACCAGAGCGAGAGCGGUGCAGAGAGCGACGAGGAGCAGGAGGUGGAUGUGGAGACCAAGCAAGAUGAGGAGGAGGCUGAGUUCACCAGCAGGGAGCAGCCGCAGUGUGGCCUGCAUCUCCGGGGGCUCGCCGAGGGCGCGGGGGACAGGAGUAAAGAGCCUGGCUCUUUCACUGGCGUCACCCCCGACAACCUGGAGGACAAGCCCCGCUUGGCUGUCACUCCACCUGCCAGUAUGAAAGCACCGAGUCCGGUUCACACCUUGCUGGAGGACACGGCCUACAAAAAUGCCCACAAAAACAGGGGGGACGGACAGUUAGUCUUCGGCACCAAAGACAGCAGCAGCCAUUUAGAUGAAAACAAAGAUCAGAGCAACUUUUUCGUCGCUGAGUCGGACCUUUCUGGAACGGAGUACUGGAGGGAGAAAGCAGGAGAUCAAAGUCAAGAUACAAAUUCACCAGUUUCUCUGAAGAAGGAUGUAGAGAGCAUGGAAAAAGAGGAACUCCAGAAAGUUCUCCUAGAGCAAAUUGACCUGCGAAGAAGGCUGGAGCAGGAAUUCCAUGCACUCAAGGGCACCGGCUCCUUUCCAGUGUUCCAUAACUUCCAGGACCAGAUGAAGAGGGAGUUGGCUUACAGAGAGGAGAUGGUACAGCACUUACAGAUGAUUCCCUAUGCAAACAUCAUGAGAAAAGAGAAAAUCGGCUCACAUCUCAAUAAGAGCUAAAAGGACAGCUGGCCGAACCUCCUUCACCACCUCCACCAAAAACAAUCGCCUCUCCCAGGGUUUUCCUGAAGCUCUGGGGUGGGAGAACACAAAGUCACCCUGAUCCAUGCGAGGACUUCCCGAGAUGCAAGAAAAGUGACCUCAUCCCUGUCCCUGGACUUCUCUCUGUGUAGGAAGCUGUGUAGUGACAGCAGGGGCGAUGCCGUCCGUCAGUUGGCUGAGCACAAGCGACAGCUUGAACCUCAGACACUGCUGAGCGGCUCAGCCAUGGAAGGACCACCCUACACAGUUAUGACAGACAUGACACACAAGAGAUAUCAACUUCAGUCAGCCAAUCAAAUCUAAAUCGUUCUCAAAUAUUGUUCUGUACAGUGACUCCACAUGCUGUUUUC